AUGCUGUGCCUGCCUGAGCCACCUGACUGGGUCUUAGCCUUCGAGAUAUUCAUCCCUCUGGUCCUUUUCUUCAUCUUGCUGGGGCUUCGGCAGAAGAAGCCGACCAUCUCUGUGAGAGAAGUCUCCUUCUACACAGCAGCGCCCCUCACCUCCGCCGGCAUCCUGCCAGUCAUGCAGUCGCUGUGCCCAGAUGGCCAGCGGGACGAGUUCGGCUUCCUGCAGUACUCCAACUCCACGGUCACCCAGCUGCUGGAGCGCCUCAAUCGAGUGGUGGAGGAGAGCAACCUGUUUGACCCAGAGCGGCCGAACCUGGGCUCGGAGCUCGAGGCCCUGCGCCAGCACCUGGAGGCCCUCAGCUCAGGCCCCGACGCCUGGAAGAGCCACUUGGACAGACCUGUAGUGUCCUCCUUCUCUCUGGACUCGGUGGCCAGGGACCCGAGGGAGCUGUGGCGUUUCCUGACACAGAACCUGUCACUGCCUAACAGCACAGCCCAGGCCCUCCUGGCUGCCCAGGUGGAUGUGCCCGAGGUCUAUCGUCUGCUCUUUGGCCCUUCACCCGCCCUGGGCGUGGAGUCAGUCCUCCCCAGGGGUCAGAAGCCUUGGGGCCGCCUGGGUGCCAGUUCCCUGCUCCGGUUGGAGGAGCUGCUGGUGGCCCCCACCCUUCUGGAGCAGCUCACAUGCGCACCGGGCUCUGGGGAGCUGGGCCGGAUCCUCACUGUGCACCAGGGUCAGCAGCCAGCACUGCAGCGCUAUCGGGACAUUGUCUGCAGUGGGCAGGCCGUAGUCCGUGCCCAGCGCUUUUCUGAGCUGGCUGCAGAGCUCCAGAACCAGCUGGAUGUGGACAAGAUCGCCCAGCAGCUGGGCCUGGAGGCCCCCAAUGGCUCAGCUCCCCAGCAGCAGCCGCCACCUCCCCGGCGGCUGCAGGCACUGCUGGAAGACCUGCUGGACGCCCAGAAAGUUCUGCAGGACGUGGACGUCCUGUCGGCCCUGGCCCUGCUGCUGCCCCAGGGCGCCUGCACCGGCAGGGCUCCUGGACCCCCAGCCAGCGGUCCUGGUGGGACAGCCAACGGCACAGGGGCUGGGGUGGGCACGGGUUCCAACACCACCGCUGAAGACGGUGCCCUGUCCGCCGCAGCCCCCACCUCGGAGGCACUGCAGGGCCAGUGCUCUGCCUUCGUGCAGCUCUGGGCAGCCCUACAGCCCAUCCUGUGUGGCAACAACCGCACCAUUGAGCCAGAGGCACUGCGAAGAGGCAACAUGAGCUCCCUGGGCUUCACAAGCAAGGAACAGAGGAACCUGGGCCUCCUGGUGCACCUCAUGACCAGCAACCCCAAGAUCCUGUACGCGCCUGCGGGCUCUGAGGCCGACCGCGUCAUCCUCAAGGCCAACGAGACCUUUGCCUUUGUAGGCAACGUGACCCACUACGCCCAGGUCUGGCUCAACAUCUCGGCCGAGAUCCGGAGCUUCCUGGAGCAAGGCCGGCUCCAGCAGCACCUGCACUGGCUGCAGCAGUACGUGACGGAGCUGCGACUGCACCCCGAGGCGCUGAACCUGUCACUGGAGGAGCUGCCGCCUGCCCUGCGCCAGGACAGCUUCUCGCUGCCUAAUGGCUCUGUGCUCUUGCAGCAGCUGGACACCAUCGACAAUGCAGCCUGCGGCUGGAUUCAGUUCAUGUCCAAGGUGAGCGUGGACAUCUUCAAGGGUUUCCCCGACGAGGAGAGCAUCGUCAACUACACUCUCAACCAGGCCUACCAAGACAAUGUCACCGUGUUCGCCAGCGUGAUCUUCCAGACGCGCAAGGAUGGCUCCCUGCCGCCCCACGUACACUACAAGAUCCGCCAGAACUCUAGCUUCACCGAGAAGACCAACGAGAUCCGCAGGGCCUACUGGAGGCCAGGCCCCAACACGGGCGGCCGCCUCUACUUCCUAUAUGGCUUUGUCUGGAUCCAGGACAUGAUGGAGCGUGCGAUCAUCAACACCUUCGUGGGGCACGAUGUGGUGGAGCCGGGCAGCUACGUGCAGAUGUUCCCCUACCCCUGCUACACGCGGGAUGAGUGAGUGCAGGGCCCCCUGCACCUGCCCUCCUGCCCCAAGGCCCCCUGCACCUGCCCUCCCGCCUAAGGCCCCCUGCACCCGCCCUCCCGGCCACAGGUGAUGAAGACAAUGGGCCUGGACAACGCCGUGCACUGGGUGGCCUGGUUCAUCACGGGCUUCGUGCAGCUGUCCAUCUCGGUGACGGCUCUCACCGCCAUCCUCAAGUACGGCCAGGUCCUCAUGCACAGCCAUGUGCUCAUCAUCUGGCUCUUCCUGGCUGUCUACGCCGUGGCCACCAUCAUGUUCUGCUUUCUGGUGUCAGUGCUGUACUCCAAGGCCAAGCUGGCCUCUGCCUGCGGCGGCAUCAUCUACUUCCUGAGCUACGUGCCCUACAUGUACGUGGCCAUCCGCGAGGAGGUGGCCCACGAUAAGAUCACAGCCUUCGAGAAGUGCAUCGCGUCCCUGAUGUCCACAACAGCCUUUGGCCUGGGCUCCAAGUACUUUGCCCUGUAUGAGGUGGCGGGCGUGGGCAUCCAGUGGCACACAUUCAGCCAGUCGCCCGUGGAAGGGGACGACUUCAACUUGCUGCUGGCUGUCACCAUGCUGAUGGUGGACGCUGUCGUCUACGGCGUGCUCACGUGGUACAUUGAGGCCGUGCACCCAGGCAUGUACGGGCUGCCCCGGCCCUGGUACUUCCCACUACAGAAGUCCUACUGGCUGGGCAGCGGGCGCACGGAGGCGUGGGAGUGGAGCUGGCCCUGGGCUCGUGCUCCCCGCCUCAGCAUCAUGGAGGACGACCAGGCCUGUGCCAUGGAGAGCCGGCGCUUGGAGGAGACUCGGGGCAUGGAGGAGGAGCCUACCCACCUGCCGCUGGUGGUCUGUGUGGACAAGCUCACCAAGAUCUACAAGAAUGACAAGAAGCUGGCCUUGAACAAGCUGAGCCUGAACCUCUACGAGAACCAAGUGGUGUCCUUCCUGGGCCACAACGGGGCGGGCAAGACCACCACCAUGUCUAUCCUCACGGGCCUCUUCCCACCCACAUCGGGUUCUGCCACCAUCUACGGGCACGACAUCCGGACCGAGAUGGACGAGAUCCGCAAGAACCUGGGCAUGUGCCCGCAGCACAACGUGCUCUUCGACCGGCUCACGGUGGAGGAGCACCUGUGGUUCUACUCGCGGCUGAAGAGCAUGGCCCAGGAGGAGAUCCGCAAGGAGACGGACAAGUGCCGCACCAUCCUCCUGUCCACGCACCACAUGGACGAGGCCGACCUGCUCGGGGAUCGCAUCGCCAUCAUCUCCCACGGGAAGCUCAAGUGCUGCGGCUCCCCGCUGUUCCUCAAGGGCGCCUACGGGGACGGCUACCGCCUCACGCUGGUCAAGCGUCCUGCGGAGCCCGGGACCCCCCAAGGGCCAGGGCUGACGUCCAGCCCCCCAGGUCGGGUCCAGCUGAGCAGCUGCUCAGAGCCCCAGGUUUCCCAGUUCAUCCGCAAGCACGUGGCCUCCUGCCUUCUGGUCUCUGACACAAGCACCGAACUCUCCUACAUCCUGCCCAGCGAGGCCGCCAAGAAGGGGGCCUUCGAGCGCCUCUUCCAGCACCUGGAGUGCAGUCUGGAUUCGUUGCACCUGAGCAGCUUUGGGCUGAUGGACACCACGCUGGAGGAGGUGUUCCUCAAGGUGUCAGAGGAGGACCAGUCUCUGGAAAACAGUGAGGCAGAUGUGAAGGAGUCCAGGAAGGAUGCGCUGCCUGGAGCGGACGGCCUGGCUCCGUUAGGCGAGGCUCAUGCAGGCAACCUGGCCAGGUGUGCAGAGCUGGCCCAGUCACAGGCGUCGCUGCAGUCUGCGUCCUCGGUGGGCUCUGUCCGCGGGGACGAGGGAGCUGGCUAUGCUGAUGUCUAUGGCGACUACCACCCCCUCUUCAACAACCUGCAGGACCCCGAUAACGUCAGCUUGCAAGAGGCCGAGGCGGAGACCCUCACGAGGGUGGGCCAGGGCAGCCGCAAGCUGGAGGGCUGGUGGCUGAAGGUGCGCCAGUUCCACGGGCUCCUGGUGAAGCGUUUCCACUGUGCCCGCCGCAACUCCAAGGCGCUGUCCUCCCAGAUCCUGCUCCCCGCUUUAUUCGUCUGCGUGGCCAUGACUGUGGCCCUCUCCGUCCCCGAGAUCGGUGACCUGCCCCCGCUGGUCCUGUCACCCUCCCAGUACCACAACUACACCCAGCCCCGCGGCAACUUCAUCCCCUACGCCAACGAGGAGCGCCGGGAGUAUCGAUUUCAGCUGUCACCCGAUGCCAGCCCCCAGCAGCUCGUGAGCACGUUCCGGCUGCCGUCGGGCGUGGGCGCCACCUGCGUGCUCAAGUCUCCAGCCAACGGCUCCCUGGGGUCCACGCUCAACCUGAGCAGCGGCGAGUCACGCCUGCUGGCUGCGCGGUUCUUCGACAGCAUGUGCCUGGAGUCGUUCACGCAGGGGCUGCCUCUGUCCAACUUCGUGCCCCCCCCCCCCUCGCCCGCUCCAUCCGACUUUCCAGUGUCCCAGGAUGAGGACCUGCUGCAGGCCUGGAACACCUCCCUGCCACCCACAUCCGGGCCAGAGAACUGGACAUCGGCACCCUCCCUGCCGCGCCUGGUGCGGGAGCCUGUUCGCUGUACCUGCUCUGCUCAGGGCACUGGCUUCUCCUGCCCCAGUGGUGUGGGUGGGCACCCGCCCCAGAUGCGGGUGGUCACGGGUGACAUCCUGACCGACGUCACUGGCCACAACAUUUCCGAGUAUCUGCUAUUCACCUCCGACCGCUUCCGGCUGCACCGGUACGGGGCCAUCACCUUUGGCAACGUCCAGAAGUCCAUCCCAGCCUCAUUUGGCGCCCGGGCCCCGGCCAUGGUGAGGAAGAUUGCGGUGCGCCGGGCAGCCCAGGUUUUCUACAACAACAAAGGUUACCACAGCAUGCCCACCUACCUCAACAGCCUCAACAACGCCAUCCUGCGUGCCAAUCUGCCCAAGAGCAAGGGCCACCCAGCAGCCUAUGGCAUCACUGUCACUAACCACCCCAUGAACAAGACAAGUGCCAGCCUCUCCCUGGAUUACCUGCUGCAGGGCACGGACGUAGUCAUCGCCAUCUUCAUCAUCGUGGCCAUGUCCUUCGUGCCGGCCAGCUUCGUGGUCUUCCUGGUGGCCGAGAAGUCCACCAAGGCCAAGCACCUACAGUUUGUCAGCGGCUGUAACCCUGUCAUCUACUGGCUGGCCAACUAUGUGUGGGACAUGGUGCGCCCCUCCCGUAGGGCCGGUUGGGGGUUCCCCUGACCUCCAGACCUCUGGCCACCCCAUCACCCUGUGUGCUGCCGGCCCCGCCUAUGGUCCAUCACCCCCAUCAUGUACCCGGCCUCCUUCUGGUUCGAGGUCCCCAGCUCUGCCUACGUGUUCCUCAUUGUCAUCAACCUCUUCAUCGGCAUCACGGCCACCGUGGCCACCUUCCUGCUGCAGCUCUUUGAGCACGACAAGGACCUGAAGGUCGUCAACAGUUACCUGAAGAGCUGCUUCCUCAUAUUCCCCAACUACAACCUGGGCCAUGGGCUCAUGGAGAUGGCUUACAACGAAUACCUCAACGAGUACUACGCCAAGAUCGGCCAGUUUGAUAAGAUGAAGUCCCCGUUCGAGUGGGACAUUGUCACCAGGGGGCUGGUGGCCAUGACGGUGGAGGGUUUCGUGGGCUUCGUCCUCACUCUCAUGUGCCAGUACAACUUCCUGCGACAGCCACGGCGCAUGCCCGUGUCGACCAAGCCCGUGGAGGACGACCCGGACGUGGCCAGCGAGAGGCAGCGGGUGCUGCGGGGGGAUGCUGACAACGACAUGGUCAAGAUUGAGAACCUGACCAAGGUGUACAAGUCCAGGAAGAUCGGCAGCAUCCUGGCUGUGGACCGCCUGUGCCUGGGCGUGCGUCCUGGCGAGUGCUUCGGCCUCCUGGGCGUCAACGGUGCAGGCAAGACCACCACCUUCAAGAUGCUGACGGGUGACGAGAGCACGACAGGGGGCGAGGCCUUCGUCAACGGGCACAGCGUGCUUAAGGAGCUGCUCCAGGUGCAGCAGAGCCUGGGGUACUGCCCGCAGUUCGACGCCCUGUUUGACGAGCUCACGGCCCGGGAGCAUCUGCAGCUGUACACGCGGCUUCGCGGCAUCCCCUGGAAAGAUGAGGCCCAGGUGGUGAGGUGGGCCCUGGAGAAGCUGGAGCUGACCAAGUACGCGGACAAGCCAGCCGGCACCUACAGCGGAGGCAACAAGCGGAAGCUGUCCACGGCCAUUGCCCUCAUCGGGUACCCUGCCUUCAUCUUCCUGGACGAGCCCACCACAGGCAUGGACCCCAAGGCCCGGCGCUUCCUCUGGAACCUCAUCCUGGACCUCAUCAAGACUGGGCGCUCAGUGGUGCUGACAUCGCACAGCAUGGAGGAGUGCGAGGCCCUGUGCACGCGGCUGGCCAUCAUGGUGAACGGGCGUCUGCGCUGUCUGGGCAGCAUCCAGCACCUGAAGAACCGGUUUGGAGACGGCUACAUGAUCACGGUGAGGACCAAGAGCAGCCAGAACGUGAAGGACGUGGUGCGGUUCUUCAACCGGAACUUCCCCGAGGCCAUGCUUAAGGAGCGGCAUCACACGAAGGUGCAGUACCAGCUGAAGUCUGAGCGCAUCUCACUGGCACAGGUGUUCAGCAAGAUGGAGCAGGUGGUGGGCAUGCUGGGCAUCGAGGACUACUCGGUCAGCCAGACCACCCUGGACAACGUGUUUGUGAACUUUGCCAAGAAGCAGAGUGACAACUUGGAGCAGCAGGAGACAGAGCCACCCUCGGCCCUGCAGUCACCUCUGGGCCGCCUGCUCAGCCUGUUCCGGCGCCGGCCGGCCCCCACGGAGCUACGGGCGCUUGUGGCCGAUGAGCCUGAGGACCUGGACACGGAGGACGAGGGCCUCAUCAGCUUCGAGGAGGAACGGGCCCAGCUCUCCUUCAACACCGACACGCUCUGCUGACCACCAGGAGCUGGCUCAAGGACACGCCGGAAAGGACAGAACUCAGGAGGGGAUAGAACUUAGGCGGUGGCCGAGUCCCCACCCCAGGGCCCCCAGGGCCCCACCCACCAGGCCCUGGCGUGGGACGUCCAGGACCAAGGGCUUCAAGCCCCCUCCAGCCCCCUGCCCUCGGCCGUGGCUGCCCUCCCCUCAUUGUGCCAAAGGCUGGCCCGGCCCUGGGCUGCGACACCCUCACCCUGCUCUGCCUUAAAGCCUUGGGGCCUGAGCCCUCGCCUCUGCCCCUGCCCAGCUCUGCCCUCCACUCCCUGGGACCACUGGGGGUGACACGGGCUGCCAGGUACACCCGACCCUCUCCUGGUGGGUCCUGGCUGCUUUCUCAUCCCAAUUUGGAAGGAAGGUGGCUGCUGAGGCCUGGGGCUGAGGGCGGGAGGAGUUAGGUCCCGGCCCCAGGCACCUAUUCAUUUUGGAAGGGGCACCCUCACCCUGAGGUUACCACUGUGGGCCGGGCAGGGGCUGCCUCGGGGCAGCGGGCCGGGUACCAGGCAUGGCGAAGGCGGCCCCCUGGCCGGGAGAGAAUGCGGACCCCUCCCACCCCUUCCGCCGCCACUGCUCCCCACCCAGUUCGGCACCCUGCCCGCCUGCCCCCCGGGAGCCCUCCCUGUACAUAGUGCACAGAAGUUUGUUUUAAAUAAAUAAACAGAAAAGUCCACACAGG